UAAAAUCAUUGUCUGCUCCCCUUUCUGUUGACUUGUCAAUUUGUCUUAUUUUUUAGAAAUGUCAGCUUAUGGCAGCAUCCCUGACCUAAUCAGUAGCAGCGUAACAUCAGACACCGGCAAAGCUUCUGCAUAUGAAACAAGUCAUGCUCCACCACAAACCACCAUAUACCCUUUUACAAAUGGCAGAAAAUCUACCAUACAAGCAUUCAUAGCAGAAUUCCAGUCACUUUUACGAUUAAAAGAAGCAAAGAAGAUUGUGGUGUUUCUGGCCCUGAAUGUGUUUGGUACUGGUGUUCUCUUUGUGUGGUGCCAUGACACAAACAGCAUGGCUUUAACAGCCUACACAUAUUUAACCAUCUUUGACAUAUUUAGCUUACUGACAUGCCUGUUGAGUGUAUGGGUGAGGCUUCAACGGCCAACGCCUGCAUACUCAUUUGGGUAUGAGAGAUUUGAGGUGCUGGCCACAUUUGCCACAACCAUGCUGUGCCAGCUAGGAGCUCUCUUUGUAGUCAAAGAAAGCAUUGAAAGAAUCAUACAACAGCCAGAGAUCCACACAGGCCGCCUGCUGGUUGGAGUGGUGUUUGGAUUUAUGUUGCACAUGUUCCUGGUCUACAGCAGUGACAAUAAGGCCCUUAAUCACGUGAUGGCAGCCUCUAGCUCUAGCUGGCUCCAAGAACACACCACAGACAUCAGUGAAAGUAUAUGCCAUGUGAUCCCCGGUCUAAGUAAGCUUCUCCUGCCCCGGAUCAAUCCUCUGACUCUGAUCGCGUUUGCUGGAGGCUUUAUGCUCACAAUCACUCACAUACUCAUAGAUACAAGGGCGUACUACACAUCCGACACCUGUGCUGCCAUGAUGAUUGCCUUUAUGAACAUUGGAACUAUGCUGCCUAUGGCUGUGUACACUGGAAAAAUACUCCUACAGACGACGCCAGCACACAUGCUUGGCCAGCUGGACAAGGUUCUACGUGAGGCCUCGACACUCGAUGGUGUGCUUGAGUUUCGUGAGGAACACUUCUGGACACUCUCAUUUGGAUCGCUGGCUGGUUCAGUGCAGGUCCGUGUGCGUCGUGAUGCCAAUGAGCAGCUGGUCCUUGCACAUGUUUACAACCGCCUCUCCAACCUUGUGUCCACGCUCACCAUACAAAUAUUCAAGGAUGAUUGGACCCGGGCCUCCACAUACAUCAUGGGAUCCAACCCUUCAUUCCCUUCAUAUUCCUACUCUGGCCCCAACCUUGUUCCAGCCCGGGGGCCCUCCCCUACCCAGGAGUUUGGGGGUUACACCUCCCCCGGGGGAAUCCCCAGCAAGCCCCCUACUUCCAUUCUUCAAGGUCAACAGAUAAGGGAACAUGGUGCCACACAAGGUCAAGGACAUUUCUCAGAUCAAGGUCAUGGUCACAGUCAUGGACAUUCACAUGCUCAUGAACACAGUCAUGGAGGAUUAAGAUCUCAGUGGCAUUAAACAUAGUCUGGUAAUAAUGUAAAUGUGUAUAUAUGUGUAUUUAUUUUUGAACAAAUAAAAGUUGUGACAUUUU